AUGUGGUCACAUGGAUAUGACAAGCUGCAAUACUCGGAAUUUUCUACGGAGCUAUCCUUGGCGCGACGUACGUUUCUCACGCGUCUUCUUGUUGGCGUAGUAGUGACUGACACUGUGACCUGUGUCGCUGUCAAAUUUGCUGCUAUGUUCCCCAACCAUGUAGAAGGACUGGUCAUCGACGGUGUCGCGGAUGCCGAGGAUCACUACUCUGGACUCUGGUCCAGAAGCUUACUUGUGACCGACCUGGCCUUGCGCAUGAUCCUCGACGCCUGCGUCGCCUUAGGCCCGCUCAGAUGCGCGCCCACAGACAAGGUGCACGCUCGCUUCACAGCAAUCUUCAACGGCUUUAAGGAACAAUCUCUGCUGGUAUACGACAACAAGGCAGAGGGCGCUCUUCAUGCUGCUCCACUCACCACACGGUGGCAUGACGACUGGGAAAGCAAAUUACCGAGCAUGGACCUCCUGCAUGCGCUCGCGCAGGUUGAGAAGGGCGACGAGCUACCGCUCGCACGCCUGCUCGGCAUUGCGCCCGUGCAUGCGCCGUUCACCCGCGAGUGCUCUGACAGCUCGCGCUCGCUGCCAGACUACAUCACGGCCGACGCAGUCUUCGCGAUUGCGUGCGCGGAUUCCGGUCCGGCGCGCACCGUGGACACGGUCGAGGACCUCGAAGAGCACUUCGUGUGCACCGCCAAGGCUAUUUCAGAGAGGGAAGCCGCCGAAGGAAAACCCGGACUUUCGAGCUUUUUGUUUUGA